AUGAUGUUCUCUCUCAUACGCAGUAACGAUAUUUUGGAGUUCUAUCUGCAAUCGUUGGCGAAGCUCAAAGGGAGUGUCCUGGUUCGCUCUGUUUUAUUUCCUAUGCUUUUCUUCAGGCCCUUUUCCGGGAUUAUCACGAUCUUAUCGAAGCUAAAUUGGACUGUGACUCUGGAAAGUAAGUGCCCUAAAACAACCUGCUGAGGGUACUGUUGUAAGACCAUCUUAUCUAGACCGUUUGACUAAUGAAAAUCGAGCUCAGUUUGUCACCUGGAUGCUAGAUUGGUGCUGGCUACUUAGCCGGCAGAAAUUGAUAUAGGCAGAAUAGUAAUGCCGACAAAGACAAGUAAGACUGUAAUGGCCAUUUCUGGCCUAUUAGCCGUCGUCAGUCAGUCAUAUCUAACCCAAAAGUAUGGAACACCUGAGACUCGAUCCCGCAACAUGUUGGUUAGAAGUCCAACGCCUCUACCCAGGUGUUCCACACUUCGGGGUUGGGCAUGACUGGCUGGCAGUAGCUAAUAAGCCAGAACUAACCACUCCAGUCUCCCUUGUCACUGUUAGUAAUGCCAUUCUGUCCAUAUCUUGCCCGUCUGUGCGGCUGCUGGUUAGGCUCGAGAGGGAGCCGUAAGGCACAACGGGACAAGUGAGUCCCGCAAAAGCGAUCCAGGUGCGCCCCGCUACCACAGAAAUUAAUAUUGUCUACCCUGGCGGCAAACUAGUGGUAGCAAACUAUGUUGAGGCGAUUUGAAGUAGAUGUCCAUAUUUCGACUUAUUUUUAUCGGGUACAUAUAGAUUUUGUUUGCUAAACCGAUAUCGAGAAGAUAACGAUUUCUCGCGAUAUUCCGCAAACGGCAAGAGAUGGGCGUCAAGCACUACGCAGGAAUCUUUUACUUAGCGCACUUCCAGUUUGUCUUUGUUAUCCAUUCCUGACCUUAGCCCACUAUUGCGCGAAAAACGGACAGUUACUAUGGGGCGGUCGAUUUGCAAAAUGUUAAUUCAGAAAGUAGAAAAAGGACAUCUACAGGUUUGCACUUAGUCAAUAGGCGGUAAUUACGAUGAUGAAGGCCGGUUCCCCGAAAACAUUCUGGGAAUGUUUUCUGAAGGACAAGAAUAGUUUUAGAUAAAGUUGUAAUCAACUUAUCUGCCAAGUUCGUAGCAGAUUGUUUCUUUGUGAACGCCUUAGACCAAGUUAUCAAGCGGCCUCUUGAGUAAUUUCGUAAAAGCAGACUCCAGCUUCGGUAAUAUAACGAUGCCACUGGCAUUCCAGACGACAGUCUUAUGCGUAUCAACAGUGACGCAGUUAAGGAUGCGCGUACCCAUUACAGCCUUGUAUAGUUUCGAGCAAAAGAGGCUGCCCUUGGGUUUUCGGCCUCUAGAAUUAACGUUGACACUAAUUUCGUCCUCAAACGGCGCGUAGAACGUGCGCUCAAUGAAAUCGUUCAGUGUGUGUUCGCCGAGGCAUGUGAGAAAGGAAGCCUAACACACUGGAUAGUGUAUAAAUAGAUAGCCUGCCAGUUGAUUCAGAAACCCCGUGUUCCGGAGGUCAUAUGCUGUUGGUAGGGGCUGGGCUAGCGGAUUCCUCGUCAGCGGGCAGCCAAGUUGCUGGUGGUUGUCCGCUGCCGAACAUUCUGCACAUUCAGUUCCUGCAGCCGACGUUGGCUUCCUACAGGGACACCCAGUUUGCUAGCCAUGGCCACCGUCUUCCGACACAUUUUCUGCAAUGUCAUAUCCAUAUCUUCCAGCCAGUUCGACUGCGGCUCCUGGAAUUCUGUGCGGCAAAUCAAUGGGAAGAUGGUUCCUUGCUGUCCCCUUUGGGAAGAGACUGUUUCCAGUCGUUUCCUUAGAUCUAGAACGGCAGUUAUAUGCCAUAACUAGUGAAUAGGUGCAGUACCUCGUUUAAUACUGACCUGUGGAAACAUAUUCUGCUGUACUUACUAGGGAUGAUGUGUUCCAUCAAGUUUUCCCAAAUUCGGAAAGUUUAUCUAUCUAACGCAGACCUAUGUCUUUUUUGAACUAUCGCAAGUUCGCGGAGCACCUUGUCCCUGUACCUCUUAAUCCUGCCUGUUAUUGUUCUUCCCGAUUUCUGUCUAAGCAUAGUUAACAAUCAAGUUGCUUCAAUAGAGCUAUAAAUCAAUAAUAGCAGAGCACAGAAAGUGCAUAUGAAGCCAAAUGCCCCACGCCGCUUACGCGAGAUAAUGGCGUGGUGUCGCGACGCGACUAAGGGGCGGCGAUAGUUAACGGUCAGAUUGCUUAAGAGGGCUACCCAAUGACGUGUCAGAGAUAGUGUCUCUAAAAAUCGCUAUUCUUGGCACAUCAACUCCAUAUUGAUUGCUACUGGGGUACUAUCACCCUCAUAACCCCUCGACUUCGGAAGUUAACAUUAGGUUGGAAUAAAUCCGGCUGAGUUUUUCUUAUUUAAUGCCGACUUUAUGUCGAUGAACCUGCGAGUGAGGCGGGUUAAUUGUAGCCGCGCCUAAGCGAUAUUUGUGUUGAUGCUAACUGUCUGAACUGGUCAGUUACAUCGGCGUGCAAACCAUAAUUAGACAAGGUUAGUAACUCAGUAGCUUAUGGUUUACAAGAUGGCUGCACAUCCGACGACCUACUACCACGAACACUUUACUUACAAACGGUUGCAUAGUUCUGCCUAGGAUUGACCAAACUUCUUGCCUAGUCCUCCUACUAGUUGGCAACGCGUCGAUGACUAGACCAACUACAACGCCAUCACAUCGAAUAUGCAUGGAAGGAGUACAUAACUGAAGAUUAAGCCGCUUUACCAGUCCUAUAUGAACGUUCUCGCCACCUCUCAGUGCUGUUACUGAGACAGUACUGCUUGCCCACCAGUGUUCGUGCGCACGAAGGCAGGUCCAAUGAAAGCAACCUCAUUAUUUGUAAGAAACUGCUCUGAUGAAUAUGUAGCGUUUAUGAUCGUAUGCCCACUUGCACAACCUAUAACGUCCGGUAGGCUCACCUGUUUUUUGAUAAGUAGGAGACUCGUCAAACGAGGUUAAACGACGAACUCAUUUCUCUGUUACAAGAGGAUAUCUUCGUGUCAGGAAGAACUACCAGUUGUGAGAGAUGAGGCGCCUCACGUACACAUUUCCUUCACACCGUCAAUUUCACAUAAAAUUUCAGUGGCGCUGGAAUGUACGGUAGACGUGCUGUCUCAGGAAAUGUUGUCCGAAAUUCUAAAAUUCUUUUUUAAAUCGAAAAGAUCACCUAAGUAGACUUGUAAUAUUAACCAUCAUGUUGCCUACUACCAAGAUGUACCAGUCACGUCAGGAUACCGGCUUUCGAACGAGCCCCUUAUAGACUGCAUGCGUAAAAUACAUCCGGUAAGAACGACUACAUAAGUAGCAUGACAUUUUUCCAUUAGCUUUCGAUCUCCGUAUAAAUUCAAAUAUACCUUGUAGAAAACAUGCACAAGAAUCUUCUUUCUCCUACUUAUUUGGCAGCAAAUUACGUCACCAAAUGUUAUACUGGAAGAAAGAAUAUCUGUUGCUUGACCUUUGCGUGGAUUAACGGGACAGACCAUUAUUGAUGAACACCAGUUUUUCGGUAAUGGUUAGGACUGCCGACAGAGGCAUCCUACAAUUAAUGCCAUCUGCGCUCCUAGACAACAAUCCAAUAAUUCUUGCCACUAGAUAAAUUAAAUGUGUGGGACCUAAAAGCCAUCGUAAAUGUGAUCCGACUUACACGACAGAAAUCAAGGCACGCCAACUAUGUACAUUACCUACGAGCAUAAAGUCAGUGUUUUGCCUUGAUUCCUCGGUAGUCAGGUCCGCUUUCUUCCGCAGCUUUGGUACCAGUCUCUUUAGUUAACCCAAGGGAUCGUUUUUUAGGCGGGAGGAGGAGGUUGAAGACGUCCACAUUACGCUCACCUUCUGCACUCAGUUUCGCAUCGCAGUCGAAGAGGGGGGGGGGGUUAAUGACGGAACAGAUUCCAAGUCCUGGUGACGAUCGACAUAUCGUGCAAUUUGCGAUCUUACCAAAAACCUGCAAACCGCAUUGAUUCAGAUGGUGUUGCCACUUUUACCCUGGGCGUUUAGCAUGUGAUUGAGCCAGAGACAUUUGGAACUGCGCACUUAUUCGAACCGGCAGCAAGGAGUUGUGCGGGUGUCGUUGCGCGUUCGGUUACGGUGUAGGGUGCCUCUAUAGUUCCCGCGGCUUUGUUGGAUAGACCGAUUUAUUUGGCAAUCUCGUUUACCCACACCAGGUUCUUCAUUCUAAUUAAGCCAAUGUGGCCCAAGUCUCCACCGGUUCUUUCGAGUUUUUGCUCAAUUCGCCACUACAUUCGCAAGCAGUGAUCCUCGGUUUCGGUGGACAAAAUGUCGAGUUUCAGUACUGCUGUAAGUAGUUUGUUGUUUUGGCGAAUUUGCAGCUGACCAGAUAAGACUAUGAAAACCCACGAUGUCCUCAUAUAGAAGGGAUAACUAAUGAUUCGAUUCUCAAGGCAAACUGCGACGCCUUCCAAUUUUGUACAGGCUUCUGCCUGGACUGUUGGUUAAUUUAUGAACACUGUAGGUGACUCAGCAUAUCAUUUUAUCGUCAGUUUUAUAGUCCUUAUCUAUGGGGUAUUAUAUCAGUGGCGUCGUAGAACAGUCUAUUUUGUACACGACUUAUAAGCGGUUAUUGUGGCAAAUCUAGAUCGGCCUAUACCCUGUAACCACGCUCUACGUACUCAAGGAAAUGUGUUGAUCACUAUUUGCUAUCUUUUUACUUUCAUGCACCCUCGGAGGCAAGCAGGAUAAAGGUGGCCUAUCUACCUCAUUUUACCUUCGUUAGGAAGUCCUUCUUUCAGCUUUAUGUAACAACAUAGAACACACGACCUAAGCCUCCCCACUUAAUGGACAGAUGUCUACACCGAGUAGCUGACACAACACAUUGGAGCCAUCUAUUGGACUGGCCAGCUUUGUCGUUGUUGGACCGAAACUACUCUCGACGCCAAUAGCUCACGACAGGUUCAGCAACAGCGUGCAUACUAUAGUUUUACGGUUAUACGCAAAACGAUCUAACUUGCGGUACGCUGAAAACUUAGUUUUAUACGGCAAAACGGUAGGUGCUGGUAGAGGGACGCCGAACUACGUGGAUGUUAGGUUUCUUCAGUACCUCCAAACAUCAUAAGAUUGCAUACUCGUUCUUGGUGGCGGGCGAAAUCGGAUUCGGCAGCCGACACUUCCCUUAUUAUAACACCACUAUAAAUUUGCCAAAUCAGUAUCCAACCUGCCUGCAAAUUCGGUCGCUGCGUGACUCGCUAGUGUCCAUUCGUCACACUCGGAGCCCGCCUAUUUCGCACCCAGGUUUCUCUCAAGACCAUUCUAUCCGCCACCCGUGGAGAUGACACAUAGCCUACGUCUCCGCUGAUAAGUAGACCCUUCUUCUAGACAUUCAUCAAAUCCCAAUGCCCACAUCUUUGUCGAUUAUAACUACGCAGAAGUCUAUUCAUUAUGUGGCAAAUCGGUUCACAGUGGCGGGGUUGUCAUACCAUGCUUGUCAAUUCAUUCAUUCUUUAAAAUGCUUCCUGUCUCCAAAGUCUGUCAGUCUGACGCAUUAUUGAAACUGAUCUGCACUUCCAGGCGUUCGCCUCCUACCCACCGAGCGUCCAAAGUUUUAUCCACAGUUUUUCCUCGUUGAGAAAAUCACGCUGCGUCUUCGACAGCGGAUCCUAUUUCUAGAGGGUUUGUUAUAAUGCGCGCGAAGAUUCUACUAGUAUAUUUGUGUAGGUAGGUUACGUGACAGUUCGACUGUCGUAGAUCACGACGUCCACCGCGUGCCAUACCAAGUGGGCGCACCGCUGGUGACUUGCACGUGAAUCACUUUAUACCGAGGCGGACUUACGCAAUAUCUACCGCACUCUCUUCUCUGUCGCCUAAGUCCGGUAGCAAGGCAGAUUUAGGACGACCGCAGGCGUCUUGGGCGCAUUAGAUGACAGCCAAACAGACCGUCUAUGUCUGCCACACACGACCUGGUCUUCUCCAAAAGGGAUCGGCUCGGAUCUCACGUGCGUGGGUGUCGUGAAUGCCACACUAGGAAGUGUGCAGGUUUUCUCCUGUAGGCCUGCCUUAUUCUGCAGUAUCUGUACGUUCAGGACCUUCCCCUACGAUCUCUCUUUGUUGUAAGUACGCUUUAUUUCGUAAAAGUCGUGGAUGAGAAUUUUUGCGCUUUGUUUUAUCAGCGAGCUAUCAACAUCUGCUAAGUAUGUCUAAGUUUCAGGCCACAUUUACUGGUAUAGUUCUGAUAAAGCCAGAAACAGUAUAUCCUUCGCAAAAAAACUCAGCAUUCGACUUUGUAUCCAUGGGCAUGCGUGUAGUGCGAACACUUCUCUUAGGUGUCAAAUUGGAAACUUAAUUUUACAUCGUCAGAUAGAGUCUCUCAAAUGCGUUAUCAACUCUAACCUUUGGAAUGAGAUUCAAUGAUUUUAGACGUUUUAAAAGACUCAGAGUUGGCAGAAUUAGACUGAGGUUGAGAUAUCUAGCUUUUUCGACUGACCAAGGUUGUUUAUUGUCGGCCAAUUUACACUAACACGCACUUCAAACCAAACACCAGAGAAGUAGACGCCAGUGACUGAUAAAUUAUGGCGUUAGGAAGCAGGAGGGGCAGCAAAGCGAAGAGCACGUCGCACACAAGGAAGGUGUCGAAAAGUUGUAAGACAGGUUUCGAAUUCUCUAUUGUAUACACUGUGUGAGACUGUAAAGAAACGAACGCAGACCGCGAGGUGCUGGAAGCCGCUGCCUAGAGUGCAAGAAGAAACUUAAACUUUGAAGCCGACGUCUAUAAUUGUGCCCUCACGAAAAUUGGAGUAAUAUUGUGAAGGUAAAACGUAUGGCACGGAUAAUAUAUUCCGAAGGCAAAUUACCAUCAAUUUCACUGAUUUCGGCUGUCUAGUUCUCUACUUGCGUGCUAUUCAUAUGGUGAGUCCUGCCCCUAAAACGGGCCAUGCGGUAGAUGCACUGCACCAACACGGGGACUAGAUCGGAUCCGGUGGGCGUUACCGGGAAUACGCACCCAUAAAAAAUGCCAACAUUGGGAGUGUGACGGCCGGCCCAGGUGCAGGCGUUUGCCAUGCCAACUGGGAUCCGUGCCGCCCCCUUUUCUGUAAUUGUGUAAAAUUCUGACCACACCAAGGGGUGUGGUGUGACGCCUAGGUGCGGGUUUUCUCUGUGCUAACCAUCUGCGCAUUCUCCCGCCUCUGGUCUUCAUGACUCCGUCUUGACACCGGGUCCAGGUGGGAGAGGAGGAGGGAGUGCGGUAGAUGCAGCUCAAGUCUACUAUCAUUAUCAACUACAUCACGUGGAAUUCAUCGUCCCUGUUCUCAUCGUGCUGUGGAGCACACGGUGGACAUCGUCGGUAACGACGGUCGAACUGCCAGGAAAUAAAUAAUAAAGCCUGACACCUAGUCAUGCGAGGACCGAGUUACCGCGUCAGUUGACAAACGUCUGAGCCACGACAUUUAGCAUUUCAUGACAGAUUUAGACGCGUCAGACUUAUUGUAGCGAGGAGUGUGUUCAUUUGUUAUCUGGGUGAGCCUCCCAGCAUCGGCCCCACCCUUUUCGCCCUGCCAUGCACUAGUCGCCUGUCCACCAAUUAAUGAAGUCGUUCGCAGUGAUUGGCGUACCACAACAUACAGUUGAGCCAAUGGCUUUUGACUUGCGCGUGCUGGGCGCUGCCUGAUAAACGCUCACCGUGAGCCAAUUUGCACUCAUUUUGUUCCGACCUAUCUGCAGCGAAGACAUUCAUGGGGGCCAAUAUUGACUGCAACACAACGACGGGCGGAUUGGGCCGUAAAGUAAAACUCCUUAAGAGAGAUGAUGUCCCCGGCUUUGUGGUGGUUACUAUCUGCCUGGUCGCAGACUGAAACUAGGGAUAGUUGACAACCCCGGUUUACUUUCUUCAGCUUUCCUGUCAAACGGGUUGGAUGAAUGUGAGGUCAACCAGUAUAUCAAUAUGGCACGCCAGCUCUCUGCCCAACUCCCCCAAAACCAACUACAUUGGUGUCUGAUAAGUCUACAGAAACUGAGUAUGAGACCUCUUUCGAGACGGUCCUCCCCUACAGGCGCUACACUUAACGUAUGGAAUUAAGUGACAUACACCGCCUGGAAGCGUUAAAUCUAUCAUAUCUGUGUUUCACUUCUAAAACCUAUCUGUCAGUCGGUCCUGAACAAGAGCGGUCAACUUCCCCCUCCUUACUGGUCAAUUGAGUCAGAUAGGCCGUAUCCUGCGCCGACCUGAAGGUGAUCUGGGACAUUACACUCGAACUAAACGCGGACCAGUAACGGCUUUGAGGUGGCCGACGAAAGACAUAGGUGCACGUAGCCGUUCGGUCUUCGGGGUUGGCGUGCCAACUGGCUCAGCCUCGUUAAGAAAUCUGCCAACGGCAUGGUGAACCGAUUUUUCGUGGUGGUAAGCUUUUACCAAGGGACCGGUUGCGUUAGUAAGUGGCGUCACAAGUACAGGGGAGCUUGGUCGAUGCGAUUGACAAUCCGAGUAUCGGGACGGGCUUCCAUCCUCUCCUUGAUAAUCAGAUCAUCCAGACCGCGACAGUACCUCCUGUAGUCAUUCGAGCUGUUAGUACAUAGAUGGUGUGCAGUGUGAUCGCAGUUCCAAUACACGAUCAUUAGUUUUUGGAUGGAAAUUGUUCAUCUAUCGCCCUUCUCAAGCAUCCCUACCCAUUUUCAGUUUACAGGUGCCCCGUCUCCAAAAAAUUCUGAUUGCGUUGAAGUACAUAGUCUGGUCUUCGAUUGACACCGUCCUGGCUAAUGUUCAUGGGAAGCAAACCCGUUCGGCACUUAGGUUAAAUACUCAGCUAUAUCAGGUUUCAGAGAGCCACUCCAGUCGCUGUUUUCCUCACGCAUUUAGGCCUGGUCCUGUUGUUUGCUUCGUUCGGGCUGCCGAAGCCACCCUCCAUGAAUUUCUAUAGUUUAUUGUGAAUACAUGAAAACACAGACUCGUUGCGCAAUAAUAAACUAGGUUGACACCCUUGCUGUAGAUCAACUUGCUAUACUAACCCACCCAUUCACGGCCAAAUAUUCACCCUUCCGUUACUUCGAGGCUAUUUAAUCAUCUAACAUUUUAGAGGCGCUCAAGGGUCGGGAAGUUUUCUUUCUCUGCUUACGACCUCUGCACGAUGUCGACCCCCACGUCCUACCAAUCACCCUGCUUUGUCGCCCAGUCGUGGUUUGGACAACAUUUGCGGCCCUGUUGUCGCACGUAUUGUUCGCCCACUUGCAUUUUCUGCUGCCUUUCCAAUGCGGUAAUAGUGGGAGUUAUCUGGUAUCGCGCUGUACAAUUUGCACGAUAUGCUAUUUAUGAUAUCUGUUAGCUUAGUUGCUCUACCGUAACGGUUAUGAGAUCUAAUCAUCUUUCUACACGUUCCAGUCCCUACAACCUGACUUUCAGCCCGAUGAACCAACCUAUUCCACCAGUUAGUGACUUUGUACAUCGCAAUUAUGUAGACAUCAUUGUAGUCCUUGUGUGAGCUCAUGUGAGGGAAGUCUGCAUAACCUCGGCCUUACUCCUUACACCAAUCCAUAAUCGUCUACGGGCGAUUUAGGGUCAGUGCAGCUGUAGUGGGGAUCAGCUGCUGGUCUAACGUUUUUUCCUGUCGUGCACACUUGCUGGUUCAAGUCUACGGAUAACCGAACUUGCCCCAAGCAACACAGUCCCUAUCCAAGGACGGAAUAAAACUGAAUAACAGCAAAUGAGGAAGCUCCUGUCAAAUACGUCAGUGCGUAGUGCCAGAGCCUCAGACCGUGAUUUUUUUCAGGAAUGCGGUUUGCCUUAUACUACCACUAACCGUUGCUGAUUCUGUUGCCGCUUUUAUCUCUGACUAUGGGUCUCUGCACCAGUUCGGAAUCUCAGACAAAUAAAUAAGCGGUCCUGGUGAUCGAACAGCCAUCAUCUUCCAUGCUUAAAGACUUUGGAGACAGGGACGCACCAUAGGGAAAAUAAAAGAAUCCAGACGUUCAGAAAAGUUGACAAGCAUGAUAGUGUGACCCUACCACUGUGAGCCUACGUGCCUGCUAGGCAAAUAAACAUCCUCACAGUCGUAAUCGACGAAGACGUGGACGUGCGGAUGAGAGGAACGCCCGAGAGACGAAGUAUACUUGUUAGCGGUGCUGCAGGCUACAUGCUAUGCCUGCAGGCGAGGGAUAGGACGUUCUUGAGAGAAGUCUGAUCGCGAGAUAGGCAGGCUCCCGGGUCUGACAAGUAAACAGUCGCGAUCCACUUUGCUUUCUCCUGAACCCGUCUUGGACAGAUAGUGGUAAAGUAGCCCUUCGUCCAUCGUGUCGGACAGGUGUUUGACCUCCACCGAUUGUUCAGUAUUACUAACAAGGAACGAGUCAUAUCUAGCUCUUACCACCCUUAUCUGUCAGGAACCGAAUUCUCGCGUGUUUUCGCGUCUUGGAAAUGGCAAGAUGCUAAAGCAUCAUCUCUGUCGUUGUCCAGUCAUCAGUUCUACCCAGAUCGCCUAUUAGUCUGUCGGCACCCCCUUCCACAACGUUCAAUAACUGCUGCAUUAUCAUCGCCGUCUACAUAAUAAUACAUAACACCAUCAUUCUCAAGCUUAGACUACCGGUCCUCCAGUCCCUCAUUCCAAAACGCCAAUUUGUAAAUUGUUUCAGAUGAUAAAUUACAGAGAGCAGAUUUACGGGUUCGUCGUCAAAUUCAUCACUGUUGGAUGUCCGGAUGUCUGUAACUGAAGAUACAGGGGUAGUCCUCGGUCUUGUCCACCUGAAGGCCGGUUUCGCUCACUCUGCUUAAGGAAUAAGAUAACGCUCUGCCUACCGUACGUGUGUCCAUACAGAGCCACAGUGGUUUAUCGUCAAUGUCGGUUUGGAUUCAGAUGAUCGAAUUCCGCACGCCAAACACCUUCCAGGCACAUAACACAGCUCAAGAGCUUAUGUCUAAGUGUUGCACAGCUGUACCUUCAUUUCGUGAUUUCUAUUUCUCAUUCUUUACUGGACUUGAGAUUUCACUUACCAUGACAGUUGGAGCCUUUUGACGCUAAUCUUGUAAUGCUGUCUUCUCUAAGGAUUCUUUCUUACAACACGCAACCAUUCUGCAAUUCGAUAUCCGACGCCCUUAAUAGUGUUGAUGAACUGGAGACCCAGUUGCACGUUCUCGAGUCCUGGUUUGAGAUGCCCAACAUCCAGCAUUCCUUCUAUCCUGACGAGCUUGACCGCAUUUCGGAAGACGCACUGGGACUCAUUGAGAUUGUUCAGCAGUUUCAGACCGCUCUCCGUUCCGUGGUCUCGAAGCAGUCACUCGAUAGUGACCUGGCCAGUGGUUGUUCAAAGCAGCUGGAUUCGACGCCUUCAAGCGCCUCUGUGCCAGUUCACCAACAAAGAUCCCAACAGAUGCUAGUGGACGGUGGUCUGUCUGACUUUCCCUCCCCCUCAGAGUGUCAAAAUUCUGCGAGCUUAGGAACCCCGCCGAAACAGGUAAAACAGUGCCAACGUAUCGAGCACCAGGACCAAGGCAUGCAACAACAGACCGCCACUGCGACUGUUCAUGUACCACGUGAUCGUCCGUACGGCCAAGAUAUGCCGGAUUUAAGCAACUUCGGUCAGGAUGUGACUGUCCCGGAUAGUGUUAUACCGCAACCGCAUAUACAAUCUUCAGCAGUGUCGCCUUUCACCACCUUGCCGUCGGCGACGGUCGUGAACUACAGACACGGUUUCCAGCACCAGUCUAGGAUGGCUGCCUCGCUACGUGGUGCUCUUGACAUAGCCCCCUGUGCUGCGGACCCCGCCCCUCCCUAUCCACAGACCCCGUCUUCUCACUCUUCCUUCGGAGGUACUGCAGCUGGGCUAGAACCCCCACCUUUGGACUCUAUGUGUGUGGAGCUGCCACCUGAGAAGGCGCAUAGCAUACACUUGCAGCAACAAUUGCAACACCCCCACCCGAGUGACUGCCAAUUUCAUCCCAAUAUGACAGGAGAUUACGUCUGAAGGGACGAUGUUUGUUCAGCGUUUUUGCCUCACUAAUUUUUUUACUAUUCACGUAAUUAUAUCAAAAUUAGGGGACCGAACAUGCUUGGGAUCACUAUGUCGCUGGAUACCUAUUGGUUGUCGGGCCCUGCCCGAGUCACCAACAUAGACACCCCCACGUUGGUGUCAGUAGUUGGCGCAAUUAAGGCGUGGCUACUUGUGACUAACUAGGUCCGCCAGUCAGUAUACUGCAUUACGUUUCUAUGUUUUUCUUCGUUUUUGCCUCCGCUGGUGAUCGUGGUAGACUGAUGCCGAAAGUGAACUUGUUUUCCUUAUCGUUGUAACUACUUGAGUAGACAUCCCAGGCUUCGCAAGGAACUAAUUGUCCAGCCGGAGCAUACUUACUAGUCUUUGGGGUCGCGUUACAGUGUUACUAACUCCCAUCGCAAAAUAAGUGUAUCUGAGAUAUUUGAUAAGAAACGCAUAUCUGCACUACUCUUUAGUUUGCAAGAAUGCGACGAGGGUUUGCGUCACACAGGUUGGCUGAUUUUUUUCAUCUGAUAUUGUGGCCUGCGGAAUCUGUACCCACUUUUUGUGAAAUAAAGGCUUUCGAUUUAGGAUUAGUUUUGAUCAAUUGCAAUCAUUUUGUUAGUAUGUCUUUCAGUCUCCUAGUGCGAUUCUGUCUGUUCCCAGUGCCUCACUACCUUGCCAACGGCUAUUACCGCGGUAAAUCCUAGUGGAUAUACUCCCUAAUUGUAAGAAAUUAGCCGAUUACGCGCCCAAUCUGGUCUGUUGGGUAACUAUCUCCGAGCCCUUUGUACAUAGCGCUCCCACCGCAUUUACUCAAGCAUAGAUAUAAUUAACGAUGCGGAAUGAACAGAAAUGGGAGAGGUUAACCCUAGGCAGCUUCUGAGAUAACGGAAUAUGCCUAAUUAGAGGACUUUUCCGCGUCCUCCGUCUCUGUUGCUUUUUUAUGAGCGGUCACGCUCCUUUCGGUGGUAUUUCGCAGCCUGCUCGACAGGCUGAAAAAUCGCCAGCCACUGAUGGCCCAUUUAAUUUGUAAUUUCUGCUCGUGGCAAUGAUUGUCAUUCAUCAAUUGCGCACCUGUCAGUAUAAAGGUGUGGUGCCAGGUUCGAUGAUUUAAGUAAAGGGACUUCCAUCUGAAGGCAUACUGAACCCUCCGGGUUUCUAAUUUGACCACAAGUCAUCCGUAAACACUUUGGGCGACCGGCCAUCAUGUUUCUUAACUAAUCACAUAGUUUACGCUACUUAUACUUUUUGGACAGUUGUGAAGCACAACAGGCUGGUUUCGGUUCACGUGCCUCGUGUUUGGGAGUUACACUGAGUGCGAGCUUCCCAUCCUUUCUGAUUGUCUCACUUCUAGGUAAACAUGAGCCUUCUGCCGCUGGCUUCAAGGAUCUUCAGUGGCCUCUGGCUCAGGAGAACGCCAAUAACCUCGCCAACUACGUGUCGUUCUUUUAG